AUGACUGUUUCUGAAUACAUCUUUGUCACCGGAGCCACGGGCUUUAUUGGAGCCCAUUGCGUUGGCCUUUUGUUGGAGCGGAAUUUUAGAGUGAAAGCGCAUGCAAGAUCCCAAGAAAAGUACCUAAAGCUAAAGGAUAGUGUUCCUCAGGAAAAAAGGCAUUUGUUGGAGCCCGCGUUUGGAUCCGAUAUUACCAGCCAAGACGAGUUGACCGAACUUAUGAAAGGGUGCACUGGCGUUCUUCACUUGGCAUCACCAUUCAAUUUUGCAGUAAAAGAUUUCGAGCAGGAUCUUCUUGUUCCAGCGUUGAAAGGAACAGAAGCGGUGAUGAAUGCAGCAAAUGUAAACUCUUCCAUCAAGAGAGUCGUUUUGACGUCUUCAUUUGCCGCCGUUUAUGAUGCCAGCCAAGGUAUUCAGCCUGGAAUUGUUCUUACAGAGGACAAUUUUAGUCCUUUGACUUGGGCCGAUGGAGCAGCUACUACAGACCCAGCCGUUGCUUACAGAGCAUCGAAAACAGUGGCAGAAAAGGCAGCUUGGGACUUUAUGCUGAAAAACUCUCCAUCUUUUGAUUUGUGUGUACUUUGCCCAACAAUGGUGUUUGGUCCUGUUUAUUCAACCCGGUUGGUUUCCAGCUUAAGCGAGUUGAACUUUAGUAACCAGAUGAUCAUGUCGCUUUUGAAGUCUUCGAUGGCGGAGAUUCCUCCAACCAAGAACCCGGUUUGGGUUGAUGUCCGUGACUUGGCCGAAUAUCAUGUUGCAGCAUUGACAGAAAAGGAAGCUUCCAAUCAACGGUUCUUGAUUUCGGCCGGCGACUAUGAUAACCAGGAAAUUGCCGACGUGUUAAGAGAAAACUUACCGCAUGAGUGUGCUAGUAAAGUUCCGUUGGGCAAACCUGGGGAAAGAAUCACUGGAACUCACUAUACUACAGAUUCGUCCAAAGGUUCGAAAGUGCUUAAGAUUCCUUAUAGACAAUUGGAGACCAGCGUUCUUGACUUGGCCCACCAGUUGUUGUCUUUGAACUAG